AUGGCAAGGCUCAAGUCGGAGAUCACUGCUUUUGAACAAAAAGACAGCGAAUCUUUGUACGAGGCUUGGGAACGAUUUAAAGGAUUACUCAGGAAGCGUCCUCAACAUGGAAUUGAAGCAUGGGAGAAAGCAAGAAUCUUUUUCCAAGGGAUGACAUCCAGCACAAGAACACUGGUGAAUGCUGCUACAGGAGGCUCCCUGAAAUCAAAAACUCCUGAGGAAGCACUUGAACUGUUGGAAUCAUUAGCAUCUCAAGAAUUUGACAAUGCUCUAGCCCCAGUUGCACCAAGAAGAUCAGGAAUCAUGAAGCUUGAAGACUAUGAUGAGGCUUAUGCAACUGAGGAUUGUGAAUACAUAAGAAACACGGAGAAGCAACCAGCGGAGGUCAAUGCACUCUGGUAUGAUCAAAAGAACUCGAACAAUCCAGGAAGGAAUCAAUAUGGUAAUCAAGGGUGGAAGAAUAAUAAUCAACACCCUGGGUUGAGUUACAAGUCAAACUACCAGUUGAAUCCUCCUAUGCCAUUGCAACAACAACCUCAAGGCACCACAUUAGAGUGGGAGAAGGCUUUUGCACAGCUGCCCAAGACCACAUCCGGCUUCAUUCAAAAUGCAGAUGCCUUCAGAAAUGAAACAAGAGCUUCAUUCUGGAAUCAAGAAGCUUCGAUCCGGAACUUGGAGACUCAAAUUGGUCAGCUGUCAAGACAUUUCACUGAAAGAACUCAGGGCACUUUUCCUAGCAACACAGUUGUCAAUCCAAGGGAGCAUUGCAAUGCUAUUACCACUAGGAGUGGGACAAUGAUUCAACCUGUGGAAAAGCCACCAGUUGAAAAGAAGAAAGAAGCUGAACCUGAAGUUGAGAAAGAGAAAGAAGAAGAUGCAGUAGAAGCUGAAAAAUGCAUACCAGAGAAGAAGCUGUUCAAAUGGGAGAAAAAUAAAGCUCUGGACAGACAACCAAAAGCGGCAGACCCGUCUCCAUAUACAAAAGUUCCAUACCCUCAGCGGUCGAAACAAGAGCAUCAUGUCAUGCCACUCUCCAUGAUGAAGAACCUGGGGAUAACCGAAGUGAAGCCCACAAAGACGAUAGUGCAACUGGCUGACCGCUCUUCAAAGCAAGCUUAUGGUAUCAUUGAAGACAUAUUGGUUAAGGUAGACAAAUUCAUCAUUCCUGUCGAUUUUGUCAUCCUUGACAUUGAAGAAGAUGCCACAAUUCCUAUGAUUUUUGGAAGACCCUUCUUGGCAACUUCAGGAGCACUGAUUGAUGUGCUAAAAGGUGAGUUGAUAUUACGGGUAGACGGAGAGCAAGCAACUUUCAAGUUCUUUGACAAAGAAGUCCCACCAUCUGUAGCUCAACCGGAAGAUAAGUCUACUAUAUUAGUGAAAAAAAGGUGA